UGUCCACCAAAUUCCUCAGCUCUCUCUCUCUGUCUCACACUCCACUUACAGGUCACCGUCUACAGGGGGUGGGGGACAGCCUUGUCCUCUUCACCACAAGAACACUCACAAGCCCCCUUCCAAAAGCACUAAGAAAAAGGAAGGGGGUGGGACCCCAAAUAGCACCCCAAACCCUUUCCAUCCUUCUGUUUCUACUGUGCACUUCGAAAAGACCUCUCUCUCUCUCUCUCUCCUCUCUCUCUCUCUCUCUCUCUCUCUCUCUCUCUCUCUCUCUCUCUUCUCCUCUUCUCUUCCUCCUUUCCCUCUCUCCCAUUCUUUCUCUGUUCCCUCUCCCUCAAACCAUGUCCACUGGCUCCCUCAGUGAUGUGGAAGAUCUUCAGGAGGUGGAAAUGUUGGAAUGCGACAGCCUGAAAAUGGAUUCUAACAAGGAAUUUGGGACUUCAAAUGAAAGCAACGAAGAGAGUUCUAACUGCGAACAUGGGUCUCCCCAAAAGGGCAGGGGUGGCUCUGGCAAGAGGAGGAAAGCACCGACCAAGAAGAACCCUCUGAACGGGGUCAGCCAGGAAGGGAAGCAAGUUCAGCGAAAUGCGGCCAAUGCCAGGGAGCGGGCCAGGAUGCGGGUCCUAAGCAAGGCUUUCUCCAGGCUCAAGACUACCUUGCCCUGGGUCCCUCCGGACACCAAGCUCUCCAAACUGGACACUCUGAGACUGGCGUCCAGUUAUAUCGCUCACCUGAGGCAGAUCCUGGCCAAUGACAAGUACGAAAACGGUUACAUCCAUCCCGUCAAUCUGACUUGGCCCUUUAUGGUGGCUGGAAAACCAGAGAGUGACCUGAAAGAAGUGGUCAAUGCAACCCGCUUGUGUGGAACAACAGCAUCCUGACCAAGGAGCUGCGACCCUGGGAAAAGACUUUCUACUGGAGGGAUCUGGGACCAGGAAAGCCGUCCAUGCUCUCCUUCUCCCUCCCUCUUCUCUCCCCCUCCUCCCUGCCACUACCCAUCCCUUCUCCUAAGGAACACUUUAUAGCGACGAGGAGAUUCAUUUCCAGACCAAAGAGGAGACCAAAUGUACAUUUAAAUUUUCCCAUCUAUUUAACUUUAUAAACAUGUACAAUGAAUGAGUGACUCCCCAAGCCUUGCUGGUUCAAGUGCAAUAUAUAAAUAUGAAUAUAUAAAUAUAUAAUAAAACCUAUCAUGUGUAUCUUUUGUACAAUAUGUUGUGGAAAUGUAGAUGAUAGAAUAGCUGACUUUGAUAGUCGCAUCUAUAAAAUAAUUCACUUCAAAAGAUAUAUAUUUUUCUUCAGAAUGGUUUUGCUACUUCUGUGAAUAAAUCUUUCUUUAUAUUGCAAAAGAAGA